AUGGAAGCACAGGACGACUCUGAACUCAGUCCGGGGAAGACAACGCCAGAGGAAACUCAUACCGAGGAGCAGGUUGAUUCUCAGGGCAUGGCGUCGCUGCCACGAACCCCAGAUCUACUCGAAUGUAACGACGAACUUAAGGCAUCUCGGAAGCGAGAGAGAGAGGUGUCGCUCGAACCGGCCACACCCCAGCCCACUUCAGUUGAUGUGGAUACAGAGCACACCGAUAUCAAGGAGCCCCGCACCCCAAAAAAGAAGAACCGCGUAAGCGCAGCGCUUGUUGCAGCGCAGGAAGAAGACGAAGAUCCCGUUCUUAGCUGCUCGCCGCCACACGAGAGCAAGAUUCGGCAGAUCAGCCAAGGCGUUGAGGAGAUCACCUGGCAGAACACACAGAAGGUUGCGGACAGCGACCAGGUCAAAGAGGAGACCGAGGACAAAGAGGAAGAUCACGAGAUGGAGGACACAACUGCCCCGAGCAUCCGAGGACAGGAGCCGGCAACGGCGGAGCUAGGACGAGAGGAGGAACAGGUUCGGUCGCCGGCGGUUGCCGGCCAGACCCCUCCCGCGGUCGAUGUUGCGAUCGAGGAGGACGAGCAAAGUGACGACGCGGAUAUGUCUGAGAAGCUUACAGAUACCCUGCGAGAGAAUAACGACGAGGCGACAUCCGAUGAGGCCAAACCCAACGAGGCCACAACCGACGAGGCCACACUUGAUGAGGCUACAACCGACGAGGCUACACCUGACGAGGCUACAACCGACGAGGCCAAACCUGACGAACCCAUACCUGACGAGGCCAUACCCAACGCGGUAACACCGUCCGCGGAAUCUGUCACAAUUACCGAGCCCGCGUCCAUCCCGCUCCCCCACUCCCGCCGAGAUUCCGAAUCGGACGUAGACCAGGAGAAGGGGUUGAAGAGGAAAUUGGCCGACCGCGCGGUGAGCGACCGCCUGGUGCAUGGUCAGACCGCACCGGAGGUGAACGGUGUCGCUCCCGAGUCCGGUACGAUGAAGCGCCAGAGGGACGACCCUGACGAAGACGCCAACCCUCGGUUGACGAAACGCCCGACUCCUCCUCCCGACGAAGAGGAGCCCAAGGCGUCGAGCUCAAAAACAUCGUCUCCCACACUAUCGACACCGACCGUGACGCCGAAGUUGGGCGGCUUCAUGGCGUAUGCCUCGGGAAGUUCACCCUUUUCGGCCGCCUCAGGGCCUAGCAUAUUUGGCAGAAAGCCUCCAUCGUCACCCUGGGCGAGCCUGGGCGCCACCUCUAGCGGGCACACCAGUCCUAGCCUCACUGCAUCCACAUUUUCGCCCAUGAGCGUCGGUACCGCCUCGUCCUCUCCGUUCAAGGAGUCGUCCUCUAGCAAAGAAUCGCAGAACGAAGUCCACAAGCGGACGGGUUUCGAAGCCUUUGCUUCCAGCACUUCGCCGUUUGCAUCCGCAGCGAAGCGUCCGAAGUCCCCUCCCCCACCUCUCGGCGGGCUGGGUUCCCUCAACCGCAGUCAUUCUCCAUCGCGCCAUAGCCAAGCGCGUGUUGUGAACGCUUUCUCGGCAUACGCGACAGGUGGCGCUCAUUCUUUCUCCGCCCAAACCUCGACGCGUUCCUCAGGUACCAAUUCGCCCGCUCUCGGAGAUGGCGCCAACUCGAGCACUAGCGUCAGAGCCAGCAGCAGUGACUCCAAGCCCGUGGGUUUGGGCAUCUUUGCUGGAGGCAAGGAUGAAGACGAUGAAGAGCACGACGAAACGCAGAGCGAUAGUGGCCAGACUUUUGGCGAACGAUUGAGGGCACAGAAGGAUGAAGAGAAGAUCUCGGACGACCUCGGGCGGCCUGCGUUGACGGAGCAAGAGAUGCUUACUGGAGAAGAGGACGAAGAGACGGUGUACCAAGUGCGAGGAAAGCUGUAUGCCUUGAGCGAGGACACCCACUGGAAGGAGCGGGGAACGGGUACCCUGAGGCUGAACGUGCGGAGAGACGAUGGUACUGGCGCGAGGCUGGUGAUGCGGAAGGAGGCGGUGUACACGGUAGUGCUGAAUGCGCCGCUGUUCAGGGGUAUGCGAUGUUCCCUAGCGCAAGAUCCACGAUACUUGCGAUUUAGCAUCUUCGAGCAUGGCAGCACGACGCAUUUCAGUCUCCGAGUGGCAAAUACGAAGAUCGCAGCUGAGCUACUGGAGGAGAUCAACUCGCACAUUCCUAGCGAGUAG